UUAUCGCCUGUUUUCAUUCAAAUUCAAACCUAACCUUGCUCUCUCCUACCUGCUAAAAUCCUCUCUCUCACACACGCAUUUUUCUCAUCUGACAUAAAAGCAAUAGAACCAUGCUUAAGCUCCAAUCUCCACUCACCGGAGACGAGAACCUCCGGCCAAAAUCUUGUCGGAAACCACUCCAGCCAAAGAACUCACCAGGAACUCCAAUGACCCAGGUUCAAAUUUUGAAACCAAAGCAAGAGUGGAUUGAGUUCUCAGUGGUUAAAGAUUCCAACAAGGAGAACCAUCCGAUCUACACCACAACCCCAACAAAAUCCAUCAUUGAGCCAUUGGAUUCUUCACUAGCAGAAGAAUUGAGUGCUAUCAAGAAGAAGCUAGAGAGGCUGAGACUAGACAGAGAGAGAACUGAGAAGAUGCUCAAAGAAAGGGAGAUGGUGAUGGAUUUGCAAAUGAAGGAGCUUGAACAGAGAGGAGAAGUUCAAAGGAGGUUGGAGAUUCAAGUUGAUAUACUUUAUAGAUUGAACGAACUCCAAUCCUACUCUAUGCAGAUAAUUUCUCCGAUUCGAACACUAAGAGAGAAGGAGCAUGAAAAGAAGACAAGUAGAGUGCAACCAGAGGAAACGAGAGCCGAGGAUUCGGAGGAAUCAGUGGGAGAAGAUGUAAUGCAGAGUCCAAGUUCAAGUUGGGGUUCAGAAAAUUCGAUUUCAUCCCAACUUGUUGCUGUGAAGUGAGGAAUUUCCUCUGCUGCAAAUGUGUUUUGAUUUGUGAUUUGGGUUUUAUGGAUCAUCAACUUGUUCUUUCACUUCUACACUGCUUCAUUGUAGAAUCUGAAAGAUGGUUUUUGAAGAGCGAAAAAUAGAUUGAAUCUGAUUUCUGAAAUGAUGAUUAGCUGCUGUAUCUUGACUUUUACUACAACUUUCCAAAA